CUCAGGCUCUCAGCACAAGGAGGCCUCCGGACCACGCGCCUAGCUCCCAGUUCAACCUCCAAAUCUCCUCUUCUUCCCCUGGCUCAGAUCUCUCGAUCCCUAUCCAGGGGUAAAGAAGCGAAGCGAAGCACGGGGAGUGGCAGGAGGAGCAGUCGAGACCCCGAAAUGGCGGCCUCCCUCUGGCUGCAGCUCCCUUCCCCUCCUCCACCUCUCCACAGCCCCCUCUUCCUCUCCUCCUCCUUUCCUUCUUCUUCUUCUGCGUCUCCUCUGCCGCUGCAGUACAAGAAGCACGCUCCAGCAAGAGGCAACCUUAUCUGCAGCUCCUCGUCUCCUUCAGUCGUGACCAAACAAGAGGGGGAUUCCCCAGCAAAGGCGCUCCCUGCUUCUGCUGCGCCCGUCAGCUACAAGGAUGACCCCAACUUCAGGGGUUGCAAGGGCUGUGGCCGGGAGGAAACGGAGAGGGGCUGCAACGGCGAAGGGCGUAUCAUGGGCGGCAUAGCCGCCGUCCCCUUGUUCGGCUGGUGGCCCAUCAAGGCCUACCGGCCGUGCCCAGGUUUCGUCGCCUCCGGCGGCCGCUACCGGCGCUAUGGCCAGAGCAUGGACGACGUUAUCGCCGGCAAGGGAAGGAAAUUAGCCCCCUCCAACAAGAAGAACAAAAGUGAAAAAUGAUCUAGCCCAAGAACGAGUGGGAGAAGGCAAUCUGCGUCACCCAGCUUUUCAGAUUCUGUUUCAGGCUUGGCAUUAUCUAGCUAGGCCAGCUUGUUCUAGCUGUGCUGGAACUAAUCCAGUCUGCAGAAUCGACCCCCGUCACGAAGUUUCAUAGCUCAGAUUCGACGGCAUAUAUGCUCCAGUGCUGUCCUGGCAGUCUGGCACUCAUGGUUUGCAUCUUUUUGCCAAGUGUAACAGCAAACGGUCGUCAGAAAAUUUCUGGAAUUAAUCGAAUUGCACUUUGUGAGUA